UGUUAUAAGGGGGCUUGCAUAUUGCUUCCCUCUUAAGAUAAUUUUGUCUUUUCUGUGUUAAUUGACUGGACAAUGUUUUAAAUUUGUAAUAAAAGGUUUUUGAAAUUCAAAUUCAAUUCAAUUCUCUCUCUCUCUCUCUCUCUCUCUCUCUCUCUCUCUCUCUCUCUCUCUCUCUCCUGUUCUAAGUAAAUGGGAGGGGCGCAGAAAUCCUCGGAGUGUAGGCUAUAAGAAGUGCCGUUCUCAUAAGCAAGGAUUUUACACAGCAACUUAGGACGAACGAAAUGAGCUGCCCCAGAGCCGCUACAAAAUGCUGGAUGGACACCUUUUCCUGGGAUGGUUAUCAUUUGCCAUUAUAGUGCAUCUGAUCAGCUUGCCUGGACCGAGCACAGCUUACUUCGGGCUGACCGGUAAAGAACCCCUGUCCAUUCUGCCACUGACCUCACAGCCAGACGAAAGAACGGGCAAGGCACACUACAAGCUGUGUGAUCGACUCAAACUGGAGAAGAAACAGCGCAGAAUGUGCAGACGGGACCCUGGAGUGGCCGAGACUCUCAUAGAGGCCAUCAGCAUGAGUGCCUUAGAGUGCCAGUACCAGUUCCGCUUUGAGAGAUGGAACUGCACUUUGGAGGGUAACUACAGGGCUCAAAUUUUAAAGAGAGGCUUCAAGGAGACGGCAUUCCUCUAUGCCAUCUCUUCAGCAGGCCUGACCCACGCCAUGGCCAAAGCCUGCAGUGCUGGCCGCAUGGAGCGCUGCACCUGUGAUGAGGCUCCUGACCUGGAGAACCGCAAGGCUUGGCAGUGGGGAGGCUGUGGAGACAACCUCAAGUACAGCAACAAAUUUGUCAAAGACUUCUUGGGUAAGAGGUCCAAUAAGGACCUCCGCGCCCGGAUAGACCUGCACAACAGCAAUGUAGGAAUGAAGGUGAUCAAGGCAGGGGUGGAGACCACCUGUAAGUGUCAUGGAGUUUCGGGUUCGUGUACCGUGCAAACAUGCUGGAGGCAGCUGGCACCCUUUCAUGAAAUUGGCAAGCAGCUCAAACAGCGUUACGAGACUUCAGUCAAAGUGGCCAGCUCCACCAAUGAGGCAACUGGAGAGGGAGAGAUCUCUCAGACCCGAUCACAGGGGCAACAGCCCCCUCCAGGCCCUCGUCCGGACCUCAUUCCCCGCACCCCUGAUCUUCUACACAUUGAGGACUCACCAAGUUUUUGCAGGCCUAGCAAGUAUUCAGCAGGCACCUUGGCCCGCAAAUGCUACAAGGAUAAGAACUGCGAGGCCAUCUGCUGUGGCAGGGGGCACAACACUCAGAGCCGAGUGGUGACGAGACCGUGCCAGUGCCAGGUGCGCUGGUGCUGCUAUGUUGAAUGCAAACAGUGCACACAAAGAGAAGAGGUUUACACCUGUAAGGGGUAAAACGCAUCACAACCAGGCAGAAUAUUUUUCACCAGUCUGGGAACAGUGAAGAGAUAUUAAUGAGUGGAAGCCAAAAAAGAGAGGAGAAGUGACAAGUUUAGGUGGAUUCCCUUUUCCUGGUUUGGGGAAAGCUCUCAAAGGCAUCAAACUAGUUAAGAAAGAUGAAAGCACUUUUUGAGAGGUUUUGCAGGGCGUUUUUUUUUUUCUUUUUUUUUUCUGUUUUCCAUGUGGAGCAGUGUCAAAGCUGUGUAAAAUACCAAGCCUAAGGGAAUGGUCUACAGUUUUGAGCGACACUUUGGAACUAAAUUAAACAUUUCACAGAACAAUUGUUUAUCCAAUGUUUUGACAGUCUCUGAAUAAUAGCUUGAAACAUCUCAAGCCAUAUGUGUAAGAGUAUUGUGUUUCUAUGUGAUUGAAAUUACAUUUCCAUCUUAAUUUGGAGAUGUAAUUUGCAAAGAGAAAAUGGUGUCAGAUUUAUUCUACAUGCACAUGUAUUCUACAUCCACACAAGAGUGUGUAUGCAUAUGUACAUAGAUAAAAUUACAUUAUAAUUAUAUUAUAUACACCACUUAUCUGAGUAUGUUAAAUAACCACUAACCACACACAUGUUUUAUUGUUUGUGUGCUUGCAUUCACUUUGUAUUGUAAUUCUCUUUGACAAGGCCCUUAGGAAAGCAAUACUUUUGAUUUGUGUUUUUCUGUGGAUAUAAUUUGUGGAACACCACAAGGAAUAGUUCUUGCAAGGAAUGAAAAUUAUUUGCUUUAUCCAGUCUAUUUUUAAGAUUUAACUCUGCCUUAAAUGAACUCUACAAAUGACUGUUCAGGGAACAUGUGAAACCACUAUGCACAAUUUGAUGGUAAAGAAAUCAUGGAGAUUUCACAGUGAGCAUUAGUCUCCAUGAUUUAGGCUUCCGCUUGACGACACAUCUGUCCAUCCUCAUUAAAAAGCUGCUGAUUCAAUGCUGUAAUCAUUGCAGCAGUGCUUUUCAGGACAAUGCUAGUUAAAUAUGAAAUAUGACAUGGUUCAUGGUCACUUAAUGCUCUGUCAGUUUCACAGACAGCUGGAGGGAGCAAAUAAGAGAUGACAGCAAAUGUGGGCCACUGAUCUGCAAUGGAAAUUUCCCCCUUUCUGUGUUGUAUUUUAAGGGGGAAAUAAUUAACCUCAGAGUUAAUACAUUUUCCAGCAGAUAUUGAUGUUGGAAAAUUAUGGUGGACAGUUUUUAGUUUCAAAUGCCCAUCAAUCAAUCAGUAGUUCUUCUAAACUUACUGUUUCAUUGAAUCUAUUCACAAUUGUUAAGAGGCUGAACAUGACAUUUUUUGACUAUGUGGACAUAGAAGUUCAUAUAUCUAUAUUGUAAAAUAGAACAUUGAAAUACCAUAUUUUUGAAAAUUAUUUAACAUAACAGCUGGCAUGGAGAAUACCGCUGUUUAAGCAAAUGACAAGAUCUAAGUUUCUGAUCAGACUUUUAAUAAUUUAAAACACUGUCAAUUUAGUGGCAGCAUAAACUUUUACAAUGUAUGACUUUGUAUUCGGAUCACCAAACUCUGUUGAGGUCCACGUAAUGUAAAUAAAUGAUAUAGAAAUGAAGAUAUGACAAAAUAUAUAAAUGAAUUAUAUAUGCUCUUUUAUUAUUAUUAUUAUUUUUUAGUUUAGUGUGAAUGAACUACUGAGUGAGAGACCGACAAAAAGAAAAAUGGCACCCUUCACGCACUGAAGCAUGGAAGCUCUUUUAUUUAUUAUUAUUUUUUUUUAUUUUUUUUUUAAGUUGUAAAUAGCUAUGGUUAUGAUCCUGUGGCAUACAGACAAAAGUGAGGCACAUGCAUACCGCUUACAGGUAUUUGAACAGAAGUUUCCAAAAUAUUGAUGUUUAGAUCUGUCUUGAUGUUUUAAGUCCACCCCCCCACCCCCCCCCCCCCCCCCGCCCAAUUUUUAUGAAGUGCCAAGUUCAGUGCUUUGUAAAUAAAUGUUAUGCUGUUAUGAAAUUAUCCUCAGUAAGCACAUAUAUGUCGCUAUGACCUCUGUGAAAGUAUGUGUCACCUGAAUAGCACUGUAUUUUAUUUUAAAUAUCUUAUUUGUGUCAAAUCUUUAAAUGGAGCAAAUUUACUUUUUGUUAAUUUUUUAUCAAAUGUUGCGAAAACAUCUGGUGGAUGAUUCAACACGGCAUGUUUUGGUGUUGCAUUGAAGAUAAGCAAAUGCUCAACUAAAAUUACAUCCACAUAGAAAUGUAAAAGUCAAACAUGACAGCACUACACAAAAUCGUUGUAUUAAAAUUUUGCCUUGUAUUCCAGUAAAAUCAUCGAGAUUAACUUGUGCAAAUUUGCAUAAGACAUUAAGCCUUUUGCCUCAAAAAUAAAAUGUUUAUAUAUAUAUAUAUAUAUAUAUAUAGAGAGAGAGAGAGAGAGAGAGAGAGAGAGCGAGAGAGAGAGAGAGAUAC